AUGCGUCGCGCACAUGUGCUCAAGAGCCUCGCGCGCCACGCCCAAGCCGCUCGUUGCCCGCCCACGAGUCAGAGACGUGCAUUCGUGCUUCACCACCAGCAUCCGUUGACGCUCCGGUCGUUCUCUGCUGCGAUUCCGAAGGCGUCAGAAGAGGACGCGUCGAUUGCUGUGCAAGUGAUGGACGAGACCGGAGAAGGCGACGAAGACGAGGAGGAGAACGAGAUUGGACGCAAAUUGAAGCCCCGUGAGGUCGUGGAGCAGCUGAACAAGUACAUUGUGGGCCAAGCUGACGCCAAGCGCGCUGUAGCCAUUGCGCUGCGCAAUCGCUGGCGACGUCAGAAGAUCUCGGAUGAGCUGCGCCAUGAAGUGAGUCCUAAAAACAUUCUGAUGAUUGGCCCGACGGGCUGUGGCAAGACGGAGAUUGCUCGACGACUGGCCAAGCUGUCCGAGGCCCCUUUUGUGAAGGUGGAGGCGACCAAGUUUACUGAAGUGGGGUUCCACGGCCGCGACGUGGACCAGAUCAUUCGAGAUUUGGUGGAGAACGCGAUCAACAUGGUCAAGAAGGCUCGUAAAGAACGACUGCGCAAGCAGGUGCAGCAUCUCGUGGAGACCCGUAUUCUCGAUGUGCUCACGGGCACGAAUGCUUUGGAGCGUUCGCGCGCCACGUUCGCGCGGCUGUUGGCUGCUGGCGAACUGGAAGACCGGAUCAUUGAAUUUGACGUCCCUGCUGCCAAGAAUACCGGCAAUCAACCGAUUUCGUUUGUCGGUGGUGAAGGAAAAGGGAUAUCCAUGGAGGUGUUCGGUCGGGCGUUUGGCGAGAAAAAGAAGGAACGCAAACGCAUGACAAUUGCCGAGUCGCGUGCCGUGUUUGAAGAGAUGGAGAUGGAUAACGCCAUCGACAUGACGGACGUCGUGCGUGAAGCUAUCCAGGAGACAGAGGAGAAUGGGAUCGUGUUUAUCGACGAAAUUGACAAGAUCUGCUCUAGCGGAGACUUCCGCCGCUCUUCAGACCCGAGCAGCGAAGGGGUGCAGCGUGAUCUGCUGCCGCUGAUUGAAGGCAGUGUCAUCUCCACAAAGCACGGCAAUGUGAACACGGAUCACAUACUGUUCGUUGGAUCUGGUGCUUUUCACUCUUCAAAACCGUCGGACUUGCUCGCCGAGCUGCAAGGUCGCUUGCCUAUUCGUGUUGAGCUGAAGGGGCUGACGGAGGAAGACCUGCACCGUAUUCUGACGGAGCCCGUGACAAACCUCAUUAAGCAGCAGAUUGAGCUUAUUAAGACGGAGGGCGUUACGCUAGACUUCACGGAAGAUGCCGUCCGUGAAAUUGCUCGUGUAGCUGCGGAAGUCAACCAGACGGUGGAAAAUAUCGGUGCCCGACGAUUGCACACGGUGGUCGAGAAAGUGGUGGAGGACAUUAGCUUCGACAGUUCUGAGAUGGCCCCCGGUUCCACUGUGACCAUCACGAAGGAAUUUGUGCUUGAGCGUGUUGGCAAGCUUAUGAAGACGACGGACCUUUCGAAGUUUAUUUUGUAG